AUGGAGGAUUUUUAUACUCUUCUUGGCUUAAGAGAUGAUGCAGAUGGCGAAGAUAUAAAGAAGGCUUACCGUAAAAAUGCUCUCAAAUGCCAUCCUGACAAGAACCGCCAAAGUGACGCCUCAAAGAGCAAUGAAAAGUUUGCGGCUAUCAGCAAUGCAUAUGAAACUUUAAAAGAUCCACAAAAGCGUGCUGAAUAUAAUUUGAAAAAACGUGCUAAAGAUGGGUUGAACAAGCGUGCUGAAGAUGAGUUGAACAAGCGUGCUGAAGAUGAGUUGAAAAAGCGUGCUGAAGAUGAUUCGAAAAGGGGCCGCAGACAUCCUACCCCGGCGGCGCCUUCCCAGCGUGAGCCAUCUAGUAAUGGGCGACCUAAUAAGCCGGCUACACAUCCAAAGGGAACGUACUACUCAACAGGCAGCAAAGAAUCAUACUUCUCCAAAGCCGAAGUGAAUGAGGGGCCACGGUUGCCAAAUCCAAACCAGCACGCGUAUAUGAGAGAAAGAUUCCGCCAGUGGGGCCACGGGUUUUACAAUAAAGGAACUUUUAGCUCGAUGCCCUAUCAAAGACCUGGCGGUCAACCUGAGGAAGCUCGAUGCUCUACCAAAGCCCUGGCGGUCAACCUGAGGAAGGUGAGCCCCCCAUUCAAAAUGCUACAGGCUACCCGCAGGGUCGACAUAAAGCACAACAGGGCCAUGCCCCAUUUCACGCCCCUCCAAGGCCCUGGGAAAGGCAUAGUCGACCAGAAGAGCACGAUCGACGAGAAGGGCAAGUACCAGAGCGACGACCUGUUACAAAAAAUCAGCCUACUCGAACUAGGACUCCACAAGUCAAGCACCCGGAGCCUCAAACACCCAGAGAUCAUAUCAGCGGAAAUUCGUACGCGAUUCUACCCAACCCCAAACCUUCGGGAGAAGGCAGAGCCCUGGGCGUUCCCGUUCACCCAGCAACCAGAAACCCUACAGGGAUCGUAG